CCCGUUGCGAAAUCAAGCACGUAUGUUGUCAUUUUCGCAACGACCCGUUGUUAUAUUUUUCAACAACGGCUGUUGGUGAAUUGUGCACGAACGUGCUCAAAUUGACACCGAGACGUGGUCAACUUUCGGUACCAACAACAGCCGUGCUUAAUUUGUCCAUUUGUAAUAUUGGUAAUUGCAGCCGAUUACACACGAGUAAAAAAUGACAACGGUGGUGCAUGAUUCACACACGGUCGUUGUCAAUAUGACACCGGUCGUGUAUGAAUUAUGCACCACCACCUGCAUAAUGAUGCACCACCGUUGUUACUUUGUACACCGACGUGCAUGAAUCGUACACGAUCGUUGCCAUUUUAGCAACUACCGUGUAUGAAUCAUGCACCACCGUUGUCAUUUUUUUUACUCGUGUGCAAUCGGCUGCAUAUUUACCAUUUUUUCCGUGUUAUUGAAAGAGAAAGGACGCAUUGUGCAAAAAAUUUAUUGAAAAUGAAUAAUAAUUCGCAAGAUCCUCAAAAUAUCAUUGGUGAGUUGUUAGAAAUCGAUGGCAAUAUUGUUGUGGUUCGCGAUACAAACCAUUGCAGCAGUCAAGAUGCGGAAAACAAUGAGGACGAUUAUAUGUUAAGGGAGUUCUUAAAAGGAAUAAAUAUGGAGUCGCUUUUUGAACAAUUAAAAGCAUCACAUGUAACAUUUCGCAGCUUGCAGUACUUGAAAAAAGAAGAUUUAAAGGAAGCAGUGCCACCAUUGGGACUUCGUGUUGAAUUCAGAGAAAAGCUCUUUGCUUGGAAAAAACGAAAGCUCGGGAUUGAUGACGAAACUAUGUCAGUUCCAUCUAAAAUAGGUGAAUGGUGGAAACGCAACGAGACACCUGCAAGUACUCCUGGUACUCCCGACACUACAGGUUCGAACUGCUCAAAAGCCAAAGGAAUUUUGUCAGAGGAUCUAACGGAAUUGUUAACACAUACCUCGAAGGGGAAACUAGCGCUUGAAUGUAGUAGCGUUAAUAAGAAAUUAAGUGACGAGCAAAGAGAUGAUAUAAUUAAUAUAAUUAUUGAAGAUAUUUUAACCAACAAUGUUACUCUUUACACUCAAGACUAUAUGCGCAUAUUGGAUGAAAUUUGUUCCGUUUUUCCUCUUGAAAACGAAAUGAGGGAUUAUUAUUACAUUUCAAGAAAAGGAAAGAACAACGCAAGCGGAAAACUUUAUGCCAAGUAUAGAAACAAGAAGUCCAAAAGAAUAAAGCUUUUGAUUUCCGAGCCUAGCACAAGCAAAGCAGCAACUCACACAUCUCCUAAUUUUUGUAACAAAGAUGUUCCCGAAAUUGAUGAAUCAGUUGAAAAUUCAUUGAAAGCUUCCUUACUAAGAGAAUGUAAUGAUUGGGGAUCGAUCUGCGAAAAAUGGAAAAGAUCUUUUAACAUACGGCAAAGAGAUAUAAAAAAUUUAAGUAGCCAUACAUUUCUCCUUGAAUGGACGAAGUUGUCCGAUGCAAGAGCUUCAGAAUUGGUAAGUAGCCAUGAGCUAUUUAUUUGUAUAUGGAUACUAAUGUUUCGUUUUAGGUCAACAUUGAUUUCGAUAUUAUGUAUCCACAGAAAGGCAAUCUUCUACUUUCUAAAUGGGACCAAUUUAAGAAAAAAAUUUACAAUUAUUAUGGGAAAAAUAUUCAUAACGAACAUUGCAAACAACUCUUCGCAAAUGUUUUGACGGCAAGCAGCAUAGAUGCUCAAGAUUAUAUAUACGCAAUACUGUUGAAUUCAGUUUUACCAUCACCUGCUAGGUUUAAAUGUGGAAACGGUAAAUUACGAAAAAAAGUAACAAUAGCUGAUUCGCAGGAAAGUUUCGUACUGCGACUACCGACAAUUAACGAUUAUAAAAGGCAAAUUGAUACAGUCACUGAAAAGUAUUACAAUGCUGGAUUAACUAUACAGCCAUUUAUAAUUGUGGAGGGUUUGUCCGAUUUCAAUAUAAAAGGUUUUUAUGUUUUUUUUAACCACAAUUUGUUAAAAUUUCAAUCGUUCCUCGAAUGUUUAGAUACAUGUUUUAAAAUUUUUCAUGCACUUUCUUUAAAAUAUCCA